AUGCCAAGACCGUGGCAAGUGGCAGAAGUGAUGUUCUUUACUGAUCUAUUUUGUGAAGAGGACAAGCAGGCUUUUGGAACUCCGAUCUCGAAUGGUGCAUACUUCGAGGACACCUGCAUCCAGGAUAGGACCUGUGAUCAGUAUGUUGCAAGGAAGGCCUUUGAUGGCAUCAAGAUGCCGGGGUAUCGACUGCCAAGAUUAGAAGGGACAUGGAUUGCCAACUGCGACUUCUGGAACGGAUGUGCGGCCAAAUCCGUUUGGAUUGGUUUGGAUUUUGAUGUUUUGCCAAAGAGAGUUCGAUGCAUUCGUAUCAAUCAGCCUGUGCACGAAGGGUUCUAUGAAGGAUGGGGAACACCGCACUUUACCUCUAGGAUUUUGUUGCAAAGUUGGGAUGGCUUCAAGUGGGAGGACCGGACGGUGUUUUCUGGUUUGGGUCAGGGAGGCUGGAAUGACACGAUGCCAGAAACACACACUGCCUGGCGAAUUGCCAACUUUGACCGGAUUCUGCAAGACUGGAGGGUCUACGAGCUCGAGUUUUAUGACAAUGAGGAAUGUGCUGGUCGACCCAAAACGGGCGAGUCAGUGAAUAGCAACCCUGCAUUGUUGUCUGAUGCUCAAGAAGUGGCCUGCUGGACAGAUCUUGGCAGUUGUGCCAACAAUGCUUUUGAUGGCAAAAUUGUGACGGGCUGGCAAUCUUCAUGUUCCCCAUGUGACCAGCGGAGUGCGUGGAUUGGCCUUCGCUUUCCGAUGGCCACCGAGAUCAAGUGCUUUCGUCUCCUGCAGAGCGAGAACGUGGAACAUCGCACCGAUGCGCUCGAGCUCGCUGAGUGGAUGGGGGAUGCCUGGGAGACCCGACGCUUCGAGUCAGGCGUUGGAGGUGGAACAUGGAAUCGACGCCCCAGCGGCGUUUCGACCAUGUGGCGCUUGCUGAACAUAGUUGAAACAGAUCGUCCUUGGACAGUCACUGGCCUGGCGUUCUAUGCAGAUGAAGGAUGCAACAUUCCUAUUCAUGGAAAUCCCAUUACCAAUGGCAACGAGUUGCUAUAUCCUUCAGCCGAUGCUUUUGAUGAUCAUAUUGAGACUCAGUGGAUUACUAGUUGCACUCCCGCCUUCACAGGUCACCUAGGCUGUAUGGCCAACGCAGCCUGGCUUGGCUUGCAGAAGCAGGAGGCCUUCACAGUCUACUGCAUUCGCCUUUAUCAAACACGUGAACGCAUGAGACAAGCCUCGACAGCUGUUCUGCAAGUUUGGGAUGGCCUGGAGCACCCAAUCUUCACUGAGCUUGGAGGUGGUGCAUGGCAAGUGUUGCCGGGCUUGCGCGCGUCGAUGUGGCGGGUCUUGGCGGACCCGAGGCCCGGCGGUCAUGGGGUUGGCAUCAGCGAGAUCACCUUCUAUCGAAAUUCGGAUUGCACGAACCCCAUCAUGGCUUCUAUACCGAACAUCAUGCCAAUUUGCUCGGGCUAUGCCACCUCCCGUGAAGUUGGAGAUAAAACAGGAUACACCAAUCACUAUUCGAAGAUGGGAGAGCUGGUCAGUGCAGAUCCCAUGAUGGCUUUUGAUGGAGAACUGCACACUUUUUGGGCUGACAUCGCCGGAAGCCGCGCAUGGCUUGGCUUGGACUUCUCUUCGCAAGUUGCAGAUGUUCAAUGCAUCAAGGUGGCCUUCCCGGGAAUUCGAUCAUUGCAACCGGCAACAGGGGAGCUGCAGGGGUGGAAUGGGAACACCUGGAAAUCUUUAAAUGCGCCAACAAACAAUGUCUUCAAUGUGGACUCGGUUCUUCUGCUGCCAUUACGAGACUUGGGAGGGCAAGGGUUCCAAAGAAGGCCUGCCCCUGUCUACUCAAUCUGGAGACUGCAAAAUGGUUACGGUAUUUCAGCAUGGAAGGUCUUCGAAUUAGAAUUCUACACCGACCUUGCUUGCCGUGGAGAUCCAGUCGUGGGCGAGCCCAUCAGCUCAGCUGAAGAUGCAACUCUAGCGGAUGACUUUAGUGGCCAUCGCAAUCCACACAAAGCAUUUGACAAGGACAUACUUACUUUCUGGGAGGCACACUGUAUCAACGGAGUUUGCUCCGCAGGGGAAGCCUGGCUUGGUCUCGAUUUGGAUGGAAUAGGGCGAAUCGUCCGAUGUAUCCGCAUCAAGCAGAGCGGUGUGAGAACUCAGUCGGUGAGGAGCAUGACCCUUGCUGCUUGGACUGGCAAUUCGUUCGAACCACAGAGUGAGUUCCACGGGAUAGGUGGAGACACCUGGAAUCGUCGCCCAGUUCCUCCAGACACCAUGUGGCGUGUGGGAUAUGCUGAACGGUCUGAGAAGGUUUGUGUAGGUGCGCAAGAGAGGGGAUGGCACAGGUCUUGGGGUGUCAGUGAGGUGAAAUUCUUUGCAGAUGAUGAUUGCUCCCAGCAGCUCCCGGGGCCCGAUGAGGAUGGUGUAGAUGUGGUUGCCAGUGGCACUCGUGAAGCCGGCAUUGCUCCGCUCAGUGGCACAGGACCACACUUGGCCUUUGAUGGAAAGGAUGCAACCACUUGGACUGCUCAAUGUGGAGCUGGUAGUCGAGCCAAUGAGGAAGCCGAUUGUCGUGCAGGUUUGGAAUGGGUCGGUUUAGACUUUAGUCGCAAGUUCGAAGGUCUUCCGGUCACGGUCCGAUGUGUGAAGCUCACUCAGUCCCGUAGCUCGGCCAGUGACUGCUGCGACCCGGCCAAGACGGUGACCUUGGAACGUUGGAAUGGCACGGAUUGGGCGCCAGCCACGUGGCGACACGUGGCAGAUACCGGUGAAGUCUUUACCAUUGAAGCAGUCUUUAAGAAUGUGGCGCCAUGUCCUACCUUGAGUCCAGAACAAGUCCAGCUAGCACAGAGCGGACAACUCUCCAGCGCCAUUGCUUUAGCACCUGUCAUUGAGAGCAGGAGUCGCAGACAAAGUGAUGUUUGCGAAAUCCCCAAUCCGGGGUCCGUCAAGUUGAUGGCAGAUCGCUUCUGUGAUAAGCAUCCCGUGUGCGGUCAGGCGGGCUUUGUCGGAAACUGUUGCCCCAUUGAAGAGGGCACCUCCCGCUGCUGCUGCAACUACAACGUGAACCAGAAGGUUUUCGAGGAUGAGCUGCUGGAUGAGAAGAUUGCAGAAGAAGCAAGGGCUGGAGCGGGUGUAGGCUUUGAGCUCAUCAUCAUUCAGUCUGCGACAGUCUUGCCCUUCAUCGGAGUGAUGGCAGCAAUGCUUUUCCUCAUAAUCUACACAGUUCCUCAGCUCUGUCCAAUAGGUUUUCAACUUGAACUGGCACCCGCUAGGAUAUGGUAUCGCAUCUGUGGCCCCACUCACAGGUGGCUCCAAGGAGGUGGCUUGAUACCGACAAUUCUGUUGCAACUGGUAAGAAGGACUCCACUGGAUCGUAGCUGGACGCUGGUUCUGAAGAGGAUUUUACUUCUGCUGCUGGGCUUCCUGGUUGGCUCUAUGCUGAUUUGGGCGGUCUUGUCCUACAUCUUUUCGGAGAUCUUGACCAGGGUUGUGUUGGCCUGCAGUUUCUUCAUCCGCUGGUCCAAGUCGCGAUAUCAUCCCAAGAAUCCAGCUCAACGGAAGCGUAUGGCUCUCGUCUUGGGCUUGCCACUAGGAGAUCCUGAAGGCGGUGCCCUCAGGAUCAAGCCACCCAACGUGGCUGCGAUCAUCUUCGCCUUCUGUGAAACCGUGGUGCAAGGUCUUUUGGGUCUCGUCCAAGCCAUGUUCGAUGUCAUCAUCAUCAGGUUUGCCUUCAUGAGCAUAGGGGCCGUCGAUUUGAGACUCUCAGUCCUCGAUAUUGUGAUCCAGGCCGAAGAAUUUCAAUAG